CAAGAGGGCGUUGAAGAUGGCAGUGUGGAUCCAGGCCCAGCAGCUCCAGGGAGAUGCUCUGCACCAGAUGCAGUCUCUGUACGGUCAGCAUUUCCCCAUUGAGGUGCGACAUUAUCUGUCCCAAUGGAUAGAGAGCCAGCUCUGGGAUGCCAUAGACUUAGAGAACCCACAGGAGGAGUUCAAAGCCAAACGGCUGCUGGACAGUCUGAUCCAGGAGCUUCAGAACAAAGCGGAGCACCAGGUGGGAGAGGACGGCUUUCUGCUGAAAAUCAAACUCGGACACUAUGCCAGCCAGCUGAAGAGCACGUAUGACCGCUGUCCGCUGGAGCUGGUCCGGUGCAUCAAACACAUCCUCUACACGGAGCAGAGGCUCGUCCGAGAAGCUACCAAUUCGAGCUCUCCGGUGGGCGGGAUGAUGGACAGCAUGUCUCAGAAAUACCAACAGAUCAACCAAGCUUUUGAGGAGCUACGCCUGCUGACCCAGGACACGGAGAACGAUCUACGCAAGCUUCAGCACAACCAGGAGUACUUCAUCAUCCAGUACCAGGAGAGCCUCCGCAUCCAGGCUCAGCUGAGCAGCCUGACCACGCUGCCCCCUGCUGACCGACAGCUGCGGGAGCCCGCCCUUCUCAACAAGAGAGCCACCGUGGAGGCAUGGCUGACCAGAGAGGCCAACACACUACAGAAAUACAGACUGGACUUGGCGGAGAAGCACCAGAAAACACUGCAGCUGUUGAGGAAGCAGCAGACCAUCAUUCUGGAUGACGAGCUGAUCCAGUGGAAGAGACGGCAGCAGCUGGCAGGCAACGGGGGCCCGCCGGAGGGAGGCCUGGACAUCCUGCAGUCAUGGUGUGAAAAGUUAGCCGAAACAAUCUGGCAAAACAGGCAGCAGAUUCGGAGGGCAGAGCACCUCAGGCAACAGCUGCCCAUCCCCGGACCCAUUGAAGAGCUGCUCAACGAACUCAGCAGUACAAUCACAGAUAUCAUCUCAGCAUUGGUCACCAGCACCUUCAUUAUCGAGAAACAGCCCCCACAGGUGCUAAAAACCCAAACCAAGUUCGCCGCUACUGUGCGCCUCCUGGUGGGUGGGAAAUUGAACGUGCACAUGAACCCGCCGCAGGUGAAAGCCACCAUCAUUAGUGAACAGCAGGCCAAGGCCCUGCUGAAGAACGAGAAUACAAGGAAUGAUAGCAGCGGAGAGAUUCUCAACAAUAACUGCGUGAUGGAGUACCAUCAGACUACUGGCACUCUCAGCGCCCACUUUAGGAACAUGUCUUUGAAGAGGAUCAAGCGAUCGGACAGGCGAGGAGCAGAAUCGGUCACGGAAGAAAAGUUCACCAUUCUGUUCGAAUCCCAGUUUAGCGUUGGAGGAAAUGAACUCGUCUUUCAAGUGAAGACGUUAUCGCUUCCCGUGGUGGUGAUAGUUCAUGGUAGCCAAGACAAUAACGCCACAGCUACUGUGUUGUGGGACAACGCUUUUGCAGAACCGGGACGGGUGCCUUUCCUCGUGCCGGACAAGGUGGUUUGGCCUCAGCUCUGCGACGCCAUCAACAUGAAAUACAAGGCCGAGGUGCAGAGUAACCGAGGCCUGUCGGAGGAGAACCUGGUCUUCCUGGCUCAAAAGGCCUUCAGCAGCUCCAGCAACAACCCCGACGACUACCGCAACAUGACUAUGACCUGGUCACAGUUCAACAGGGAAAGCUUGCCAGGGAGGAACUUCACUUUCUGGCAGUGGUUUGAUGGCGUGAUGGAACUCACAAAGAAACACCUCAAACCACACUGGAAUGACGGAGCAAUACUGGGCUUUGUGAAUAAGCAGCAGGCUCAGGACAUGCUGAUGUCCAAACCCAACGGGACUUUCCUUCUCCGCUUUAGUGACUCUGAGAUCGGAGGAAUUACAAUCGCCUGGGUGGCUGAAAAUCCUAACAAAGCAGGUGAGAGGAUGGUUUGGAACCUCAUGCCCUACACAACCAAAGACUUCUCCAUCCGCUCUCUGGCCGACCGCAUCAGCGACCUCAAUCACCUUCUGUUCCUCUACCCCGAUAGACCCAAGGACGAGGUCUUCUCCAAAUAUUACACCCCGCCCCUCUCCAAAGCGGUGGACGGCUACGUGAAGCCGCAAAUCAAACAAGUGGUGCCAGAGUUUACUACAGCCAAUCCAGAUCCAGCAAGUGGGAAUCCAACCUAUAUGGAUCACGGCGCCUCCCCAGCACCCGCCAGUCACCCUCACACCUACGGCAUAUUCCCACCUAUGAGUGAAUCUAUGUUGGACGCGGAGGGAGACUUCGACCUGGACGACACCAUGGACGUGGCGCGGCAUGUAGAGGAGCUCCUCCGGCGGCCCGUAGAGAGCCAGUGGGGCGGCCAACAGCUCUGCAUGUACAACCCAUUUGUUGUGAUUUGUUCACCAGCUGAAACCCAUGUAGGGGGCGCGCAGGCCGUUCACUUCUACCCCGUCCUCAAGCUCGCGCGGCUACGUGUCCCCUCGUUGUACACAGACACGCAAAUCUAAGCAUUUACCCAAAGCCGGCUGCUUUUCCUCUCAGGUCCCUCGGUUCCCCUCGUCGAUGCUACCUCGCAUUAUUCUACUGACGGUCGUCAUAAUAAUUAUCGGUUCACUCGUUGUUUCUGCACCACUAUUCACACCAGUAGAUGCUUCCUGAGUAUUUGGCUCCCUUGUGACUUUCCCGCCUCUCCGUCCACUUGUACCCGGACCAGCAGCUGGAGUAUGCGAGGCAUACAAAAUGAAACUAUAGAAUCUAAAGUCCUGGCCGCGCAUUUUAAAACCACGAACCCACGAACGUUCGUGCGUGCGUGCGUGCGAGAGGAGAAGAGCGGGAGGGGGGAAGCGCUCCCGCAUGCACGCAAGCUCUGCAAAAGUGAAGAGGACGCGAGGCGACGCACACCGCGGGGACUCCACAGAGAAGCGGACGCGGUGAGCGGGAACAUGCCCCCGAAGUGCCAGCGAGAAGCAGAGAGAGGCAGAGGGACCAUGGCAGGGGUACACGCUUCAGAUGUGUUCUCGGGACAUUGCGUGGAUCCCACCGUCGGCGCUCCGCCGGCCCACGGCGCGACCAGCACUGCGGGGAUCCCCCGCGAUGCGGCCGCGCUGACUCCCACCGGUACCCGGGGGUACCUGGAGGUGUCGGCCUCUGCCCAGGGCGGCUCGGCCGAGGGACUUUACAGCAACGGACGGUACCGGGAGGACGGCAGUCCGCGGACCGGGAGCGGCUGCCGCGAUCGCUCCGCCGAGAGGAGUCAGGGAGCUGGAAACCCUCCGUGCGGCAUCAUGAAGGAUGGUUCCAAGCAAAGGCAGGUGAGGAAGAAAACGGUGUCCUUCAGCUCCAUGCCAAGUGACCGCAAGAUCAACAGCACAGCUGCUUGCAUGGCCUUUAUGAUGGAGGGUUGUGAGAUGAAGAAAGUGCGCUCCAACUCACGCAUGUACAACCGUUACUUCCUGCUCGACCCAGACAUGCACUGGCUCCGUUGGGAGCCGUCCAAGAAAGAUUCGGAGAAGGCAAAACUGGAGAUCAAGGGCAUUAAGGAGGUCCGUUUGGGAAAGAAAACCCCAGUUCUGCGCAGCAAUGGUCUCUCGGAUCAGUUCCCUGAUGAAUGCGCCUUCUCAAUCAUCUAUGGGGAUAACUAUGAGUCCUUGGAUCUGGUAGCCAGUACAGCAGAUGUUGUCAGCACCUGGGUGAUGGGCCUGAGGUAUCUGGUGUCAUAUGGCCGGCAUACCGUGAACAUGGUGGAACCCAGCCAACCGAGCCUUCGAACGUCUUGGAUUGGUUCGGUGUUUGACCUAGCGGAUAUGGAAAAGGAAGGACACAUUGACCUGUUCAGGGCCACCCAGAUAAUCAAGGGGCUCAACCCCGGCAUGAAAGAGUCACGGAUAGAGCUGAAGUUCAAGGAACUCCAAAAGGCUAAAGACCAAUAUGGAGAAGCGAUUAACAUGGACACCUUCGUGGAAGCCUACUGUGAGCUCUGCACGCGACCAGAGAUCUUCUUCCUCAUGGUACAAUUUUCCAGUAACAAGGAGUAUCUGGACAGCAAAGAUCUGAUGCUCUUUGUGGAUGUGGAGCAAGGCGUGGAAAGUGUAACAGAGGACAUGUGCAGGGAUAUUGUUCAGAAAUUUGAGCCAUCCGCUGAAGGUAGGGAGAGGGCCUACCUCUCCAUCGAUGGCUUUACACACUACCUCCUCUCCUCCGAAUGCCACAUCUUUGACCCCCAGCACAAACGUGUGUGCCAGGAUAUGACCCAGCCUCUGUCCCACUACUACAUCAACUCGUCCCAUAAUGCCUCUCUUCUGGAGGAUCACUUUUGGGGUUCGUCAGACAUCAGCAGCUACAUCCGAGCUAUAAGAAUGGGCUGUCGCAGCAUUGAGGUCAUUGUAUGGGACGGCCCUGAUAAUGAACCAGUGGUGUAUGUGGGUAGUUCUGUGGCCUCACAUCUUGCUUUCUCCAAAGUACUAGAUGUCAUAAACCAGUAUGCUUUUGAGAGCUCUGAGUAUCCCCUGAUUCUUUGCCUAGUGAACCACUGCUGCAUCCCCCAGCAAAAGGUCAUGGCCCAGCAUAUGAAGAAGAUUCUUGGAGACAAGCUGUUCGUUGAACCCUCAAACAAGGAAGAAAACUACCUUCCCUCCCCUGAGAAACUCAAAAGUAAAAUCCUCAUUAAGGGCAAGAGGCUCCCUCACAACUUUACUGACGCUGAGGGCGAUGUGACGGAUGAGGAGGAGGGGCUGGAAAUGACUCGAAGAGUGGGAGCUGAUGAGAAGGACCAGUUGAAUGGCAUAGGUUUCAGAAGAUUCAGACUGUGCAGGGAGCUCUCUGAUCUUGUUUCUCUCUGCAGGUCAAUCCAGUUCAGGGACUUUGAGACCUCAAAAAGAGACCAAAAAUACUGGGAGAUUUGCUCUUUCAAUGAGGUAGAUGCGAAUAGGUUUGCCAACGAGUUCCCUGAGGAAUUUGUCUGCUAUAACAAGCGCUUUCUCUCCAGGGUUUAUCCCACACCUAUGAGAAUCGAUGCCAGCAACAUGAAUCCCCAGGACUUCUGGAAGUGUGGCUGCCAGAUUGUGGCCAUGAACUACCAGACGCCAGGCCUGAUGAUGGAUCUCAACCUCGGCUGGUUCCGGCAGAAUGGCAACUGCGGAUAUGUUCUGCGUCCGGCGAUCAUGAGGGAGGAGGUGUCCUACUUCAGUGCCAAUGCUCGGGACUCGCUGCCAGGGGUGUCGGCUCAGCUUCUUCACAUCAAGAUCAUCAGUGGGCAGAAUCUGCCAAAGCCUCGCGGCUCUGCGGCCAAGGGCGACGUGGUCGAGCCCUACAUAUAUGUGGAGAUUCACGGCAUCCCAGCCGACUGCGCUGAGCAGAGAACAAAGACGGUGUCUCAGAAUGGUGACAACCCGAUUUUUGAUGAGAGUUUUGAAUUCCAGAUAAAUUUACCGGAACUCGCAGUGCUGCGCUUUGUGGUGCUGGACGACGACUACAUCGGAGAUGAGUUCAUUGGCCAGUACACCAUCCCAUUUGAAUGCCUACAGCCAGGCUAUAGACACGUCCCCCUACAAUCUCUGACGGGGGAGUUCCUACCCAACACCACUCUGUUCGUCCACGUAGCCAUCACCAACAGACGGGGAGGAGGAAAGGCACAUAAGAGGGGUCUUUCUGUCAGGAAGGGUAGGAAGACCCGGGAGUACACCACCACAAAGACCACAGGCAUCAAAGUGGUGGAUGAGCUCUUCCGAGCUUCCACCCAGCCCCUCAGGGAGGCUACUGACCUCAGAGAAAAUGUGCAGAAUGCCGUGGUGUCCUUCAAGGAGCUCUGUGGCCUGACCCCGGCGGCCAACAUGAAGCAGUGUAUCCUGACCGUGUCCACCUGGCUGAUGAACAGCGAGCGCUCACUGAGGGUAACAGUGGACCUGAGCGAGACGUACCCCACCAUGGAACCUCAGGGUCCCGUGCCGGAGCUGCUGCGCAAAGUGUUCAACGCCUAUGACAUGAUGAUCCAAACCAGCAGAACCCUGAUCGAGUCAGCGGACGUCGUCUACUCCAAGCUCACGCAGGCACAACGAGCAGGUCUGGACUUCCAUGAGGACCUGCAUCGCAUCGGCGCAAAGGAAGGUCUGAAAGGCCGCAAACUUCAGAAGGCCAUGGAGAGCUACGCAUGGAACAUCACUGUCCUCAAGGGCCAGGCCGACCUGCUGAAGCACGCCAAGAGCGAAGCGCUGGACACGCUGCGUCAGAUCCACUGUGCAGCUCAGUCCUGUGGUCUCAGCAAGAACGGAGCAUCUUCCCCACAGCUCCAGCACCAUCCUCAUCACCAGCCGCAGCUACAAGUCCAGAUGCAGCAACAGCCUCAGGCCGAAACACACCCGCACCUGUCCCAAACCCAGACAGCACCUCAGGCCUAUCUCCACCUGCUCGCUCAGCAACACCCCCAUCCACCAGUUCCGGUCCUUCAAACUGUUUCUAAACCCCCGGCCUAUACUCAACCCCCGGCCCUGACCCAGCUCCAGUUUCAGUUCCAGAGCCAGCAGCAGAGGGCAGCGGGUCCUCUGGACGGCAACCCCGAGAAAGGGAUGGUCAGCGACGGUACUGCCGGAUCCUGCUGACCCGCAGCCUGUGCCCACAGAGAAUCCUACCCAAAGAGAGACGGGGAGAUGGAGAUAGAGAAGGACCAGCAGAAGACCGGGGAGGAAAAGCAGGAGGCCAGUAACGCCAGCGAAUUGGAGGAAUUGGCUGAGAGGAUUAAAGAGAUGAUGAUGAUGAGGAAGCCCCGCCGCGUUAGAAGCGAGACACAAGUCUGAGGCGCGGUUUUGAGUUGGCUGGAGGAGAAAAGAGACCCUAAACUUCCAUCACGCUGAAUGUGAUGUAAAUGUUAAUAAGCGGGAUGGAAGCUGGAAAGGCAACGUUUACCUUUCUCUGUCGUGCAUUUUGAAGAGAGUAUUAGAUCUGAGCCAGGAAGUUUAGGUCUCUUCUGUCUUCUCUCAUGGAAAAAGCAAAAAGGUUGACAGAUGGUCGCAAACUCAUGACGGUUUACUCGGCAUAGGAAUCUGUUAAGCAGUUGGAUCAGUGAGAUAUCCCUGUCUCUCUCUGGGAAGUGCUAGUCACAUGCCCCUCGAUUGUGUACACUAGCUCUGUGGGUACAGGCUUUACCUCACGUUGGCAUUUUCUGCCACAAAUUUGCCUUUUUUAUUUCCAGAAUCCUCUGCAUGUCUUUGACCUUUUAAUUCUUUCAUGCUCGCACUCUUCCAUCUUAGACAUGAAGCUAGACGCACACCCUCACUCCCUUUGGACGGAGAGGAUUUUAAUUUUGAGCGCACAGCGUAGAGCAGCUCGACUGUAGGCGUCGUACGUGUCUAACUCAGCACGAACCAGGAAGCUUUAGAGCCAAAAUAGAAAAUCAAACUGCAGCUUUGGCUGUGUUCAGUCACAUUGAUGCUCUUGUUUUUCAACGCUUGCUGGGGCCCCGAUUUCCAUCCAGCCCCACACGUCUCCAGUGUCAUUCCAGAGGAUUUAAGUUCUUCAGCAUCCAUGGACUCUCUCUACAGGGUCAUCUUAUCCCUCCCCCCCACCAAGGGGCUGUGUGUGUGUGUGUGUGCGUGUGUGUGCGUGUGUGUGUGUGUGUGUGUGUGUGUGUGUGUGUGUGUGUGGCGUUACGUGAAUCAGUGUUUUGGUCCCCCGGGAGGAGCUGGCCCGCGUCAGAUAGUGGCGGAGUUAACCGACGAAUCAGAACUGGAAUGUUUGACCCUACCUGUUGAGAGGUCAAAGGUCAUGGUACUGCUGUGAAUAAACACAAGUUAAAGUGAAUAUAGAUGUAAAGUGUAUGUAAAAUGUACGAAGGGAACAUAUAUUGAUAUAAUAAUUCUUCAGACAGAUUCAUGAUUGAUAUUAUAGUAAUUGUUGUUAGUUCUAUGGAUAUUCAGAUUUUCUUUUUUUUUGUCUUUUUUGCAUUACCUCCACUUAUACAGUGAUUUGACACCUGUUCAACUGUUGUGCGGAUCAGGAGAACCAGUGCAUGUGGGACCGGAACGAGGGAUUACUGAUGGGCGCUACAACACAGGGUCAAUCAAUCACCCAACAUGUGUUUCACUGCCAAGUGAGUGUGGCUUCUGUAAGAGCUCCUUUAAGUGGCCCAUUAAAACUGGCUUCAUUGUUUA